AUGGAUUCUCCACGCCGGUCUCGGAAUCGCGCCGCCUGUCGAAGAUGCCAAAGACGGAAGAUCCGCUGCGACGGGGAUCUUCCCCGCUGUGCAUCUUGCAAGAAGGCUAGCGUCGCCUGUGUGAACGACGGCAAGCAAGAGGUAAGCCGAACGUACAUCGCGAAUCUCCAAAAGAGAUUACAAUGGCUAGAGUCUUUUGUCAAAGAGCGCGACUCGACGUUUCGCCCAGAAGAUGGUCCGCAAGUAGACUUGUCAGACAUCUCCCUCCUCGAGCCCACCGAGGGGGACACCCAGCUUCAGUCGGCAAUUCCAGAAGAUACCGGGGCCCAGCGAUCAAAUACGCCUCAUCAUGAGCAGCCAUCAGACUCCACGGACUCGCUGCUACCUCGAACUCAAUCUAGACCAGCUCAUGAAAUCGGGCUUGUCUCCCUAUCCUCCGGGGGAGAGCCGAGGUACAUCGGCCCUUCGAGUGGAUAUUUUCUCGCAAAUCUUGUCUUUUCAAAUGCUGGUCGACGAGCAGGACCACCUAGAGACAAUGUCCAAGGCAAUGAUGGAGGCUCUACUCGACCUAUGUCUCUGUCGUCAGACUUUUUCAACACCCCGGCACAACUCCCCAGCCGUAAAGAAGAUGCCAUGGAACUAACCUCAAAAUUCUUCACGUCAGUCCAUUUGGUAUAUCCAUUUCUACACGAGCCUUCCCAUCUGGACAGGCUGGAACGCAUGUAUUCCUCUGCAAGUCACGACCCUGUUGAUGCCUUCCACGUCUACAUGGUCCUCGCCAUAUCGGCUUCAGAUCUUUCCAGGCGGUUUCGCAUACCCCUUCCAGCUGAGGGGUAUUACACAGCAGCUACAGGGCACUUCGAACUCGCAUGUGCAGAGGGGUCUCUACAAGGACUGCAAAGCUUGCUACUACUAAUGGUCUAUGGCCUCCAUAAUCCUUCCUGCGAUAUCAAUGUGUGGAGUUUGAAUUAUCAAUGCCUAAGCUCGUUGAUAGACCUUGGUCUGCAACGUGACAUUCGCGCAUCUUCCGCGUUUCCCAUAUCCUACCUGGAGCAGGAAAUGAGAACACGUAUCUUUUGGGUAGUUUACAGCUUUGAUCGCACAUUAGGGACGAUGAUGGGACGACCAAUUGGGGUCAGAGAUGAAGCUUGUGAGCUGCGGCUACCGUCAAAUGUCUCCGACAAUGGUCUUCUUGAACCAGCACCCACAGCGAGCUCCGAAGGCACAUCGACCUCCCACAUCACCUUUUCGAUUCAUUUGUUCAAGCUGGCCCAAAUCAACUCGGAAAUCAAAUAUGUCAUGCACAGUAUUUGCAGAGAUACCCCGCGAUAUGCCUAUCCCCCAGUGGCAGACAUAAACUUAUGGCAAAAAGAUAUGAUUGAUCGCUUGAAAUCAUGGCUUGCAGAUAUACCAUCUGCGCCCCCAAACGACACAAUAGUGAAGAUCUGCGAGUGCAAGUACCACGAAAUGAUGAUUCUGAUCCUCCGACCGAGUCCCGGAAUUCCUGAUCCUUCAGAAGAGAUGCUUGGUAAAUGCUUUCAUCAUGCUGUGCAUCUUCUUCGUGAGUUUGGAGGGCUUUACCGACAGGAAGCUCUACUUUACAGCCGACUCGUUGUUCAUUCAAUCUUUUUGAGCACCCUGAUUAUGCUUCAUUGUCUGUGGAGGCUUCCCCGUGUUGCCUCGGAGGUUCAGAUAGACGAAGUGGUAGCUGACACGAAUAUCAGCUUGAAUAUCUUAAGCAGUAUUGGUGAAUACUGGACUGAAGCAAAACGGGCAAGAGACUGCAUACACGAGUUGUCUGGUGCCACUGUUCAAAGGCUUAUCAGGAUGCGGAGCCUGGAGUCCUCUUCAAUCCAGAGCAGACCGGGGACGAACCAAUUAGUUUCUAGCACCGGAAGAUCAACGAGGGCACAAAAUGUUCAAGCAAUGGACCUAAUUCCGCCACCUAGGCCAGAUUCCGGUGUUGAAAAUGUUCCAUAUAAUCCCUUCAUGGAUGACUACGAUCCCAACAUCGACUCCAUGAGCUGGCUGAACGAUACUAUGCCUGGCGGCUUUAUGGACCUUGGAGGCGCUCCUGAUUUCGAUACGCUCAUGUGGGAAGUUUUCAAUGCUAACUCGCGUUGA